AUGAUGGGUGUCGUGGGAGAAUGUGCAUUUGAUGAGGACACAAUCGAACAGAAACAAGCCACUGAACUCAGAGAGCGUUAUUUAAGGACUAUGGCUUAUUUCGCUGGCAAAGAGAUUUGGAAAGAAAUACCAGUUGAAGAUAGUAUACCAGGAUUUAGUCAGAGUCCUUUUCCGUUGGUGACGCAUAUUACUAAGGUAAAUGAUGCUGAGGUGGAAUUGAAAUUAUACGAGAAUACGAAAACGGAUGGUAAAUUUGUAACGCUAAAACCGGAUAAUUCACAUUAUUUGAUUGAUUCGCUUAAGACACCGAUUGGAGUCGUAAAAUGUGCCGCUGUAAGAAUGACAGACACCUUGAUGAUAACCGCUAAUCUAUGUGAAUCGUUCGCUGUACCAAAGGAUUUGUUUUCAGUAGACUGA